AUGACAAACCCUGUCCUUAGAUGCUAUGCAGCCAUUCAGAUUGCCAGUUGGGAUCAUCCACCCCAAACAUCGAACUGGACGGAUAUCGACCAGAUGAAAGUGAUAUUGACCGGUGCAACAGGCUUCGUCGGCCUCGAAGUCCUUAAACAAUGUCUCCAGAACCUCUCAAUCACGUCGGUGGUUGUCCUGGCACGUCGUGAACUGCCAGCCACCGUCUCAAAUAACCCCAAGUUGACAGUCAAAAUCAUCACCGACUUCCUCUCUUACUCCGAUGAUUUGAUAUCUGACCUGCGAGGCGCCGAAGCCUGCAUAUGGACACUCGGCAAACCGCUUAGUUCGGACAAUGACAUACUCCGCGAGGUCUGCAUCGGCUACACUCUCGCCGCUCUAAAAGCACUAGAUAAAGCUGUAGCACCUGCAGGGAAGCGAUUCCGAUUCGUGUAUUGCAGCGGAAGAUUGGCCGAACGCGAUCAGAACAAGCCACUCUACUUUGCACAGGAUUACCGCCGCAUCAGAGGACAAGUGGAAAAUGAGAUUGUGGCUUAUGGUGAGGACAAUACAGAUACAAUUGAGACAUUCAUCGUGCGUCCUGGGGUGGUCUUGACCAAGGGGAUGCACCUGUCUUGUGUGGCGUUCAGAGUUACGCCUUCAAUCCCGGUUGACAAGGUUGCGAGUCAGAUGGUCGAUCUUGCGCUAGCGGGGAGUAAGAGGCAGACGUGGGAGAAUUCCAGGAUGAUCAGUGAGAGGAUAUCUUAA